GAUGCCGAGGCUGUGAGUGGUUUUAUGAGCGAGCCCGUUUGCGCCGAUGCCCAGAAUUAGAGAAAGGGGAUUGUCAGCAAAGCCAAUUGAAACUGCGAUUGAGUCCCAACUGGAAUCCGACCCCGUUCUUGUCCAUUGAUCUCCAUUUCUUCAGCGCACUGUUCCAUGGGUUUUGUUUUAUAAUUCAAAUCUUGGGUUUGUGUGAGACGUGAGCCGUGUAGGUGGAGAGAUUUGGAAGGUGGAUUUCAGAAGGUGUGGGAUCCGGGUUCCGAGAUUAGACACUUCGGGUCGGGGCAAGAAUUCCACGUUUCGGUGUGGAGCUGCACGACUCGUGAAAACGUGGGCAUUAUUUUUGGAUUGUUGCUGGGUACGUCGUCAUGGCACACAAGCCGACUGCUUUCACAGAUCUGGUAAGUAUGGCGCCAGAAAACGCACCUCUGAAGAAGGCGCUCAUUACAGGUAUCACUGGCCAGGAUGGAUCUUACUUAACGGAGUUCCUCCUCAAGAAAGGGUACGAAGUACAUGGCAUUAUUAGAAGAUCCUCGAACUUCAACACGCAGCGACUUGAGCAUAUCUACAUUGACCCUCACAACUCUAGUGCGCGUAUGAAAUUGCAUUAUGGUGAUCUUUCAGACGCCUCCUCUCUGCGCAAGUGGGUGGACACUAUUUGUCCUGAUGAGGUCUAUAAUUUGGGUGCUCAGUCUCACGUUGGUGUUUCUUUUGAGAAUCCGGAUUACACAGCUGAUGUUGUUGCCACUGGAGCUUUGAGGCUCCUAGAAGCUGUUCGCAUUCACGUCGAGAGUACAGGACGCCUAGUGAAGUAUUACCAAGCUGGGUCCUCAGAGAUGUAUGGUGCCACUCCCCCUCCCCAGGAUGAGACUACAGUAUUUCAUCCCCGCAGCCCUUAUGCCGUUGCCAAGGUAGCUGCUCACUUUUACACAGUGAACUACAGGGAGGCCUACGGCCUGUUUGCUUGCAAUGGGAUUCUUUUCAACCACGAGUCUCCACGCAGGGGUGAGAACUUUGUCACCAGGAAGAUUACCCGCGCAAUUGGCCGCAUCAAGAUUGGACUUCAGAAGAAGCUUUUCCUUGGAAACCUGAAGGCCUCUCGUGAUUGGGGAUUUGCUGGAGACUACGUGGAGGGCAUGUGGCUCAUGUUGCAGCAAGACAAGCCUGAUGACUACGUUCUUGCCACUGAGAACUCUUACACUGUCGAGGAGUUUUUGGAGGAAGCCUUUGGUUAUGUAGGUCUCAAUUGGAAGGAUCAUGUUGAGAUCGAUCCAAGGUAUUUCCGUCCUUCCGAAGUGGAUAAUCUUAGAGGAUCAGCCCAGAAGGCUAGAGAGUUACUGGGUUGGCAGCCCAAGGUUAACUUCAAGCAGUUGGUAGCCAUGAUGGUGGAUAGUGAUUUGGAGAGAGCCAAACGUGAGAAGGUUUUAGUUGACAAUGGUUACAUCGACAGUCACCAACAACCCUGAACUCAGCAAUCUUGUUGCAAUCUUAAUCCUUUGCAUAUGAGUACACGCAAUGAGAGCAUUUUGAUUUUCCACAUGCUGUGCUUUGUGUGAAUUUUUUUGGAUAGAACAUAUGAGAUUUACUCUGUAGCAAGCACGAAGAGAGGUAGAUCUACUUUGGAUCAUCUCACUGCCGCGGAGUGUAGCUGGAUUCUCCUAGAUUUAAGACAAAAUUCUCUGAGAGACUCUACCUGGGCCAUUGUGAUCACAUCCUUUUUACCGAGCUGACGGUCAAGGUGACCAACUCAAAACAUAUAUUUUCUUAAACAGUUCUUGUUGGUUGGGCUUUUGGAUC